AUGCUAUUAAUAGUGGAAGAUCUAGAAAGUGGGAACCUGCGCUUGCUAAAGUCAGGAGGCAGUUCAGAGUCCUAUAUUAGAAUUAUUUCUAAUUGGAAAGAGCCCCAGAUCCUUCUAUUUGCUAAAUCGCCUGAGCAGGAUGCAUUGAAUCUAUUAAAGGAUUAUACGACUAUUUUUUGGCAGUGUCAUCUCACAGCACAAUCCUCCUUACUGAAUCUCAAUUUCAUCGUGCUUACUGUUCUUCAACUAACUGCUAACCAGGAAUUUUUGAUGCUCUUAGCUGAUACUAUGGCUGUACUUUUGGAACAAGGGUAUUCGGUCACUGUUAGGUUAAUUAUUCCAGAUUAUAGAGAAGAGAAAGAAUAA